CGUAACAUUGUCUAAGGUAUUAUCAUUGUCUAAGGUAACAAUUAGGAUUUCAGAAGAACAAACAAUGACAAUGAAGUUCACUUGCAUUCUGGUAUUGUUUGUAGUGAUCAUCAGCAGUGUUGGUCUUGGGAGUGCUUAUGGGGCAACAAGUGCUUGUGGAAAGUCCUCACCGGACAAUGAGGCGAUGAAGCUGGCUCCGUGUGCUGUGGCUGCACAAGACGAGAAAGCCGCGGUGUCGGAGAGUUGCUGUCUUCAAGUGAAGAAAAUAGGCCAGAAUCCCAGCUGUCUCUGUGCUGUUUUGCUUUCUGAUACUGCCAAGAGCUCUGGGAUUAACCCUGUGGUUGCCAUUACUAUCCCCAAACGCUGCAAAUUCGCCAACCGUCCGGUGGGAUACAAGUGUGGACCAUACACAUUGCCAUGAAGAUGAUGGGGUGUGAUGUAGAGCUCAAGUCCACGGAGUGGGGCGCACUAAGGCUGUUAUUAGCUAAUACUAGUGUAAGUAGAGACCACGAAAACUAUUCGGGUAAAUUAAAAGCUAGCAGCUUGUGUCAGCUUGUAUGCUUCUUAGUUCUUAAAUAAAAACUAUGCAUAUUCUCUAUUCAGAUAAUUACGCAGUUCUCUAGUCUUUUGCA